AUAUCUCUUCAGGUUUGGGACCUGGCCCUCGCUACUGACUACACUGGCAGGGAAUACCCCUGAAGGCGAAGCAGGAUCUACGCGAGGAAAUGCCUCUGAGGAUGGAAACACUAGGGUGUGGGAGAGGGUGUCUCCCCUAGAAGCUGCCAGAAUGAAAUAAUGGGCGCACUUCAGAUGCCACUCCUCAAAUUCGUCAAAGGGUUCAAUAUUUUCCACCCGCCGGCGCUCUUCUGCGGGAAGAAAGCAGUGAUAGAAUUCAUUCAUGUCCACGGCACCGCAGGCGGUCCAGCCAGCUUGAAGGAAGCGGCGCCGCUGCGCCUCCACGUCAGGAAAGCGCUCCAGGCCAUGCAGGGGGGAGUUUAGCUGCCGAAAAUGUUGCAGCAUGAACUGGCCAAAGGCGUCUUGAGGCCUCAUCUGCUCAUAGACCACGAAAAGGGCAUUAGGAAAACGCUGGGCUGCCCAGGCGAUAAGGGCCGCGGCACUCUCCGGCUCGAGGUAGGUCAGCACCGCCUCGGCCAGGAGCAGAGUGGGUGAGGCUGCGUCGAGCCCCGCGGCGCCCAGGGCCUCCUCCACCCGCUGGAGCUGCCGCAAGUCCAGACCCAGGAUGCAGUAGUCUGCGCUCUCAAAGCACAGCGCGGACGCGGGCUCCCCCCUCUGGAAAGGCCCGGUUAACGCGCACAGCUCUGGCGUCUCUCCAAUCCUUUCUGCUUUGCGCCGAGCCACGUCCGGAAAAUCCACCUCCCAUACUACAGCCCGGGCCAGGCGGCCCGCGGUUUUCAAGCGAAAAUAGAGCGAGUCGAAGCCAGCGCCGAGAGACAAGAUCUGCGCGCGAAGCGCGGCCUGGGGCGCGCCAGUCUGCUCCAAGAAGGCGCGCACGCAGUGCCUCACGGCGCGUGCGCGGACGUAGUAGCCUCGGUGAACGAGCGGUGCGCGGCGCGCCGAGCCCGGAACCAGCAACGCGGCGAAGGGGUCCUGCACGUACCCGCGCGCGGCCAGGGAACGCUUGCUGAGGGCGCUGCUGUCGUUGGUGUUCUGUACCGCGCCUGCCCGACGCUCGCGGCUCCGGGGGCCCAUGGCCAGAAGAGACUCAGGAAUGGCAGUCUGUCACGGUUGUGAGCCGCCCCUUGGUUAGCACACACCUCACGGACCUCGGUGGAAGCAAAUACUGCACAUGCGUGUUGGUCCUAUGAGGGAAACCAGCCAGUGGAGAGGGAGAGGUUGAAGGAAAAGAAAAAUGAGAAGAUAACUCACUGGAGGCUGAAGUGGGAGGAUCGCUUGAGUCUGGAAGCUUGAGACUGCAGCAAGCUGUGAUCGUGACACUGCACUCCAGCCUGGGCAACAAAGUAAGAUCCUGUCUCAAAGGAAAAAAAAAAAAGGUGAAGCUGAACCCAGAUCUACACAUACAGCUAAUCUUACCAAAAUGUGUGGAAGUAAAGCAAUCUGAAGGAAAUUCAGUACCAUACAAUUUACUGACUGAAAUACAUCAUAUUGCUCAUACUAAGAAUAAGAGUGGAGAAGAACCAUUUUUUUCCUGCUAAAAUGAUAGAGGCAGAAGAGCAACAGCCUUGCAAGACAGACUUCUAUUCUGAAUUGCCAAAAGUGGAACUUCAUGCCCACUUGAAUGGAUCCAUUAGUUCUCAUACCAUGAAGAAAUUAAUAGCCCAGAAGCCAGAUCUUAAAAUCCACGAUCAGAUGACUGUGAUUGACAAGGGAAAGAAAAGAACUUUGGAAGAAUGUUUCCAGAUGUUUCAAACUAUUCAUCAGCUUACUAGUAGCCCUGAAGAUAUUCUAAUGGUCACAAAAGAUGUCAUAAAAGAAUUUGCAGAUGACGGCGUCAAGUACCUGGAACUAAGGAGCACACCCAGAAGAGAAAAUGCUACCGGAAUGACUAAAAAGACUUAUGUGGAAUCUAUACUUGAAGGUAUAAAACAGUCCAAACAAGAAAACUUGGACAUUGAUGUUAGGUAUUUGAUAGCAGUUGACAGAAGAGGUGGCCCUUUAGUAGCCAAGGAGACUGUAAAACUUGCCGAGGAGUUCUUCCUUUCUACUGAGGGUACAGUUCUUGGCCUUGACCUCAGUGGAGACCCUACUGCAGGACAAGCAAAAGACUUCUUGGAACCUCUUUUAGAAGCUAAGAAAGCAGGUCUGAAGUUAGCAUUGCAUCUUUCAGAGAUUCCAAACCAAAAAAAAGAAACACAAAUACUCCUGGAUCUGCUUCCUGACAGAAUCGGGCAUGGAACAUUUCUCAACUCCGGUGAGGGAGGAUCCCUGGAUCUGGUGGACUUUGUGAGGCAACAUCGGAUACCACUGGAACUCUGUUUGACCUCAAACGUCAAAAGUCAGACAGUUCCAUCUUAUGACCAGCACCAUUUUGGAUUCUGGUACAGCAUUGCCCAUCCUUCUGUGAUCUGUACUGAUGAUAAGGGUGUUUUUGCAACACACCUUUCUCAAGAGUACCAGCUGGCAGCUGAAACAUUUAAUUUGACGCAGUCUCAGGUGUGGGAUCUGUCUUAUGAAUCCAUCAACUACAUCUUUGCUUCUGACAGCACCAGAUCUGAACUGAGGAAGAAAUGGAAUCACCUGAAGCCUAGAGUGUUACAUUUUUAAGCUAUAAUGAGGUGAACUACUUCUGAGUAUGUGUUUCAAUCAAGUUCUUGCCAUAUCCCACUUAGUAAAACAGUCCACCACUCCUUUCAAACAUAGCAACCAAGUUCCUUGGGCUCUAUCACCAGCACCUUACACAUGGCAGGUACUCAGUAAAUACGUGCCUUCAACUGACUCACAAGCUCUCAGGUGCUUACUGCGUGGGACUUGACUGUUGUUGCUAAUUAAAUCCCCAUUCCACCAGUGAUUAUUGUGACUCAGCAGCCCUUCCCUAUUAGUGAUCAUAAAAUUUCAGGGAAAUCGAAGUUUCUCAUCAGGAAAUGUUUUGGAAUUACUAGUAUAAAGUUAGGAAAGUGGGGAAAUUAGGUUACUGCCGAGACCUUUAAGCCUUCUAAACAGCUUUAUAUUUUAUUGUGCAUACUUUAAUCAGACUCCCUUCACUCGCUUUAAGUUUUUAAAAGUAUUCCCCAGCCGGAUGUGGUGGCUCAUGCCUAUAAUCCCAGCACUUUGGGAAGCCAAAGUGGGCAGAUUGCUUGAUCCUAGGAGUUCAGUAGCAGCCUAGGCAACAUGGAGAAACCCUGUCUCUACAAAAACAAAAAAACAAAAAACCAGAAAUUAGCCAGGCACGGUGGUGCACAUCUGUAGUCCCAGCCACCAGGGAGGCUAAGGUGGGAGGAGACCUGAUCCCAGGGAUGUUUGAGGCUGCAGUGAGCUGUGAUGCUACAGCACUCCAGCCUGGGCAACAGAGUGAAACCCUGUUUCAAAAAAAAGAAAAGUAUUCUCCAAGAUCCCAAGACCAUUGACACCAGGCCACAUUGUAUACCAGGGAUUUAUGUGAAUGCCUAGGGAUGACCGUAGUGACAGAUAAAAGCUAGGUGCUGAGAUCUGGUUUUGCCCUCUUUAUGAUUGUCCCAUCAGUACUAGAAAGUGAAGUCAUUGCUCCAAUUUUGGAAGAGGAGAGAAUAACUGGCUGAGGGGUGAGAAAGACAGAAAUAGCUGCAGCUCUCUUUUUUUUUUUUUUUUUUCAACAAAGGCUCUCACUCUGUUCCCCAGGCUGGAGUGCAGUGACAUGAUCACAGAUCACUGCAGCUUUCAGUUUUAAAACGGCUUCUAUUACAUUUUCUUUGUGGAAGCUGUAUUUCUACCUUAGUACUCACUUUCUGCUUGGUCUGAAAGAUACCUCUAGUAGUGGCAACAUUGUGUUAAGUAGAGUUCAUUGGGUCUCUUGUAACCCUACCCCUACAUAAUGGACCACUGGUGCAGGCUUACAUGAACACACAUACUGUGGCCACUUCAGCUGAAGACAAGGGACAAACUAAGAUAGUUCUGAAAGGUAAAAAAACAAACAAACAAAAAACAAAAACAAAAUUAUUAGAUACCAAGUUAUGCUUGAAUUGCUUUGCUCUUUAGAAUGUGUAUUUUUCCCUGGUAUCAGAAGAAGUUAAGGCUGAUGACACCCCUAAUUUAAAUUACUAAGGAUUUCUGAUAGGUUUUCUGUCUUUCUGUGAUAUCGUAAAGUAUUUAUUUGGUCUUUGACCCUGUUUCCUGGCAUACUGCUCCUAAAAUCCUUAGAGUCUCCAGAAUGAUGGCUUUUUAUAUCUAAUGAGUUGACUGCUGGCUGGCAGCCCCUAGGGGCUGGUCACUGGAAAGACAAAUGCAUGAUUAGAGUUGGGACUUUCAGUCCUCCCCCAAACUCUUGGGAGAAGGGCUGAAGGUUAAGUUGAUCACCAGUGACCAGUGGUAAUCAUACCUUCAUAAUGAAGCCUCCAUAAAACUCUAAAAGAACAGAUUUCGGAGCACUUCCAGGUAACUGAACAUGUGGAGGUCCCUAGAGGGUGCUGUACCUGAAGAGGGUAGAGGGUAUAGGAGCUCCCUGUCCCUUCCCACAUGCCUUGCUCUAUCCAUUUCUUCAUCUCUAUCCUUUGUACUGUCCUUUAUAAUAAACCAGUGAACCUAAGUGUU